GAUUGGCUGCUGACGUGGGACGGAAAGUAUAAUAAGGGCUGCAAGUGGCGCCUGAUUUGUGAAUGAAAUAGUAGGAGCGAAAGUUACAAAAAGCUUCUGCUGCAGAAACCGGUAACUAGCUGGGAGCGGACUGUGUGGAAAUGAAGUACAUUAUAGGUAUCGGAGGUGUGACAAAUGGUGGGAAAACCACUCUGACGAAUAGAAUUCGCCUAUCAUUACCAAAUUGCUGUGUAGUACAUCAGGAUGACUUUUUCAAGCCGCCAGAUCAAAUAGAAGUUGGGGAAGAUGGAUUUAAACAAUGGGAUGUGAUCACAGCCCUCGACAUGGAGGCGAUGAUGAGUACUGUCAACGCCUGGAUUGACAACCCAGUAAAGUUUGCCCGAUCGCAUGGAGUGAACGUCACUCCAGUCUCCGAUGAGCAGAGCGAUCCAGAGAAAGGAGUUCACAUAUUGAUAGUGGAAGGGUUCCUGUUGUAUAACUACAGGCCAUUGGCUAAGAUUUUCAAUCGAAGCUAUUUCUUAUCCCUUCCAUACGAAGAGUGCAAGAGUCGGAGGAGUACAAGGAAUUAUACAGUUCCUGAUCCACCUGGUUUGUUUGAUGGACAUGUGUGGCCAAUGUACUUGAAACACAGGAAAGAGAUGGAAGCCAACAAUGUUGAUGUUGUGUAUCUGAAUGGUUUGAAGACCAAGCAGGAAAUCUAUCUACAAGUGUAUGAAGAGAUUCAAAAUCAAGUCCUGAAUUGUUCAUAGGGCCUGUGGUGGACCAAGGACUCGAGUGAAAAAACAAGUUUUAAGUUGUAAAUAGUUGAAUGUCCCUGCUUAAAAACAUUUGCCUCAUAUAGAUGCUCGGUUCCCAUCACAUUAGGUUCAGGUUUAAUCUUACAAUCUUAUGUAUAUAGUUGGACAUGUUUUAAAUUAUUUCCAUCUGUCAGUAAUGACAGUUCUUUUGAUGUUUUGAGAGUCUAAUGUUUUUUAUUAACCUGGUCAGUUGUGUAACUUUUUACUUGAUUCUGUACAGUUUUAAUUAAUUAUGUAAACUGCCUGAGAUAUUGGCUAUUCCACUAUACUUGUCAUGUUACUGUAACCUUAUGCGUUUAGCCUAUAUGUUGACUUUUCUAUUUUUCCAUUUACACUCAAUCUAUCAUUUAAUGUUGCCAUAUUCCCUUUUGGUUUUGAUGCAUUGUCCACUUUGAAUACUCUUCCAAGUGUCUUUAAGGGAAAGUGAGGCUGAACUCCCAAUCUGGCCAAGAGACAAGAUGUGACAAUCUGGCAUGACCAAAGUAGAAUCAGUUGAUUUUGAGAAUCAAGAACAAUUAUGCCUUGAAGGGAAAAUAAUUUGCACUUGUACAUUAUCAGCAGCUUCAUUUGUGCAAUACGUGACCCAUCCUCUUGUCAUAAAACAAACCUAGGGGCUUCUUAGUUCUGAUAGAUUGCUGUAACUUUAGAAAUUCCAUUUGUGCAUCUCCUGGAGCUUCUGGCAUUACACAUUGGAAUGGGGGAAAUCUCAAGCAAGGCAAUAGAAGACUCCUAUUUAAUUGUUUGAAAUUGGAUGUUUUUAAUGCUAUUGUAUCCAUUUUUUAAAAAUUGCUACAUUCUAACCAGAGGGCUAAAGCUGAAAGUUUUGAUGAGAUUUGAUGUAGGACUCAAUUACUGUCUGUCUUAUUUAUAUUUUACUAUUAGCAAAUGGAAGAUUGGCUUAAGACUCAUUGAUAGUUAAAAUUGUUUGUGAAGCAGACAAAGAAAACUAAAUGAGUCUAGAAUUUGAAGAGAAAAGAAAUGGAAGGACAGACAUACUCAGGUUUACCAUUAUCUGUUAAAAGGUUGCAUUAUGUAACUUCAAUUGUUCAUUUAAUCCAAGGUCAAAUUUAGAAAUGCAGAACUGCAUGAGCUGUUAAAUGCCUCCUGAAAUUUAUAGAAUGAUUACAUAUACUGUGAUUAGCUGCCAAUGCCUGUAGAACUGUAUAACAAAUUCAUUGUGAAGGUUAGAUUAUAACCUUUGGUUUAAGGGCAAUUGGUAGAGACUCAAACAUACCUAAUUUAGCACUAAAUUGUCAAUUUUAGCUGAGACCCACCUCCCAUCCGCACUAUGGAGCCUUGAGAGAACCAGGACUUGCUGUGAACCCUCAAUUCAGGAACGUGUAAUGGUGGAGUUAUUUGAAGCCCUAUUUACUUCCUCUAGUGGCUUUCUACCUGAUGUCCUAUAUUCAGCUCCUUCUACUUCAAACAAGCUCAAGCUUAGAGUUUUUUCAGUCAAACAUCACCUUACCCAUUCGUGAUCAAUUCCAUUAGCUACCCUUCCCCAGCUAAAUGACUCUGGAUUCUAUCCUUGACCUUAAUUUUUCCCUAGAUUCACCCCUGAUGGAGCUGUGUUCCUUCAAUCUCCACCAUGAGCUAUUUCUUGUUCUGAUUUCCCUUUUAUACCUGUUCUUUUGGAACCCCCCUCCUUGUUAUUCAAAAUUUUUUUUUUGUUUAACCCUGACUUUUCCUGCUCUCUUGCGUUCAUGCACUUAUGUAGAGAGAGAGAGGACCAUAAAUGCUUUGUGCUCAGGUUGUCUAUAUCCACUACUUCAAUGCUGUGCUGUUAGAGGGUAUUGUUUGUGUUAAAGUGAAUGUAAACAUUCAUGAAGAAGGGCAAUAUUAAUCACUCAACAUCACAAAAUAGCCAUCUAAUUUUCUAUCACAUUGUGGAUUGUGAGAGCUUGAGUGUAAAUUAGCUGCUGCAUUUUCUACAUUACCACAGUGACUCUUGCAAAAGUAAAUGCACUGGGAGGUCCUGAGAUUGUGAAUGGUGCUAUAUAAAUGUAAUUAUUUUUCGAUUAGAAGCUACACCAAGUACCACCUUCCACUGUGUUCUAAGCAUUUCAUCUUAAGAGACCAUUCAGUUGUCUGUCCUGUGUCUUGUAACUAUAGCAAAUUGCUUGCUCCUAUUUUGAACUGUUUGGUGAAAGGGAGCAAAAUAAAAGGAGCUGGUAAUAAGCAA